AUGCAAACAAAUCCUUUCGAUCAAAACUUUUCGAUUUUUGAUAAAAAGUUCGUUCCCGUUAUCUCAGAUCGCUUUUUAGAUAUGGAACCAUUAGAAGAUCUCUUAAACGCAAAAUAUUCCGCAAACCAAAACAAAUCGCCGUGGUUAAAGAAACCAAGACUUAAGGCAUUACAUCUCACAUCUGAUGAAGAUAUUAUUGAAAUGGAUGAAAUUGAUGAAAUAAUCAAUAUUUAUUCAUCAUUUCACAUUUCAGGAAAAUUUUCCGGACAAGAAAGAAUCCAACUUUUCGAAUAUCGUCGAAGAUGA